AUGGUGCUCGGAGGACUCAGCCACCAAAUAUCGACCGCUUUCGCGUCCCUACCUGCAUGGAGGUCUCGCGGUAGUGAGCACUACGCCACCUCCACAAGCCACGAAUCUCCUUCGCGUUUCGGAGAAGAUGAGCUGCUUCGUCUUCCUGACACAGGUAGUUCCGGGAGUUCGUCUUCAUCCUCAUCAAGAAAGACGUCUUCGGCCAACUGGUGGAUGUUGCCGGGAGCUGCAAAUCUGGGAAGCAAGACUGGAAGCAGACCACACUCGUUGUCGUCCUUUCAUGGGCUCGACAGCGGUGUAGUGCAGCCACGAACGCGAGCGACCUCGUCACUGCAGCGUACUUCUGAAUCUGAUUGUACACCGGUGAUGAAACGCGACAAACAUACACAAUCAUCAACGCUGCACCCAAAUCGAAACCCAGGAGACAGCCACAGCAAGACCUCUUUUGUCGAAGCCGGUCUGAUGGGCAAGGAACACCACCAUGAGGAGCACGACCACGGCGAAGGCCACGAAAACGACCACGACAAGAAAGACCACCACGGAAACAAGACCGAGCCCCAAGACCCGAAACUCCGAGCAGCGGAGGUGAAAGCGGCGGCUAGGUCGGCGUUUCGGGUGGCCUUCAUCGGAUUCAUGGCGGCUUCUUCGGAAUGGAUGUCGGCGUAUGUGGGAUACCAGAUGGACGUACUUUAACGUUGUGCUUUGUUUUGCUAUCUAGAGCUGGUAGAGUUGUGCAUAGCAAACUCCAAACUUCCCUGCCGUCGUUUCUUGUCUUUUGUGAAAAACAAAACUCUCCAAACACCAAAACAGAUCGUGCUGGAUGAGGAAGACAGCAAAGCCGAAGACGCGAAAGACCGAGUUAUGGAAGCGAGGCGAGCCGCGGGGCCAGCACCGCAGAUGAUGCGGUGA